CUCUCACACACGCAUUCGCCUCGGGAACGAUUUCCAUAUUCCCAACAAGCUACGGAAAAGUUGAGCCGUGUCUGUCUGAUCCUGUCCUGUCCUGUCCUGUUUCUAUCCGUACACACAGACAGUCAAGAGAGACAAGUUCAUGCAAGGACCAAUCACUCGUGUGCCGAAAAGUUUUGUAAUUACCCUCAGAACAGGAGGAAAGGGAUACGGGGUACGGGUAAACAAGAAGCAGUCAACCACUGCAACUCUUCUUGUGGCUCUUCUGCUUUACUACGCUUCGGGUGA